AUGGCGUCCGGAUCGAUGGCCGACCGCGCCUCGGUUGAUUCCCCCGGCGACGCCACCCACUGGCCGGCGUCGAUUCUCCUCGUCCAGGAGGCGUACGUCGCCGUCAGCAGGAACGACACCACGGCCAAAGCCAAAUCGAGGGUCAACCAUACCGUAGAGGUCACCUUCUGGAUCGCCGACCCACCGGCGGUGUCCUUCUACACGUUCCACUGCUCCAAGCCCCCCAUCUCCGACUCUGAGGACGCCGACUUGGAAGUUCAGCCACACGUGGUCGGCGCGGAGGGCCGAUUCGUUCUUAUCCGCACCUCUUUUGCUUCCGGCGACGGCGAGUAUGAAUUCUUCAUCUACAAGGGCGACCCCAGGUCCCCGUCCCUCGACAGCGUCCCGCUUCCCGAUGAUGAUUCGCUGCACGGUGUUGGCGAGUUCGGAAUCGUGCCCCGUGGUGACGGGGACCAUUAUCUCCUGAUUGCACUCUGUGACGCAGUGACCUUGAAGGAUUACCGACUUCACAUCUACUCGUCUGAGGAUAGAACAUGGAGGACUAAGGAACUGCUCAAUCCAUGUCCUGGGGUCUCUACGAUUACACCCUACAAGGUGAUGUUGCUCCAAGAUGGCGUGCUGGUAUGGGUCGAUUUCCUGAAAGGCAUGCUGGUGUGUGAUGUACUUCAAGAAAUCCCUUGUGCGCGCUACAUCCCAUUGCCCGAGCCAUUGCCUGGAAAUAGACAGGAAAUUUUGAAGCAAUCAAUCCCGGGAGCUAGCGUCAGGCGUUAUCGGGACAUCACCUGUGUCGAUGGUCUGAUCAAGUUUGUUGAGAUGGAACACCGUGUGAUUGUAACAGAGAUUGUAGAAGUUCCUCCCGAAAAGCCAUCUGACCCCAGGAGCAAGGAUGCGCUCUAUGAUUCUGACUUGAUCAAGUUCAUCAAGCGCAAACAUGCGGAGAUCAAGCCCAAGACGCAGCGCUCAAUGAAUGGCUGGAGUGCCAUGACAUGGACUAGGGAGAUUGGGUCUGACUGUUGGCUCAGGGGAAGCACUGUUGACGUUGAUGACAUUUUGGUCGACGACUUAGCGGUUUCGGCGUUGCUGUCUGGACAAAGGAAUGAAUCCGCUGGGAGCUUGACAUUCAAGAACAUGUACUCCGCUUGCCCCACCCUUAGCACCGAUGGUAAUGACAUCCUUUACCUCAAGUCAUCCAGGAAAUUGAGUGAUUCAUGUGGAUGGGUGGUUGCUGUUGACCUUGCGGAGAAGACACUGAAAGUGGAAACACCACCUGGGGCGCACCCUUUUGGAAGAUAUUCUCCUUCGCGGCAACUAUUCCUUCCCUGCGCAUUGGUGAACCAUCUGAAAAUGACUCCAGGCAUUAAAGUCUCAGCAAUUCAGAUAGCAGGUAGCUCUGCAAAUGAGCCAAAUAAUACAGCUAUCUGUGUUGGUGAGCCUGAUUCCUACAAACCUGAAAACAAGCGUCCAAGGCUAUCGGCUAAGAAAGUCAACCAUGCACAAGAUGGAGCUCAGAGUACUGUACAGAAUGUUUUUAGCUCACAGGCCUGUCCUGAUCAAAACAAUAUGCCUCCACAACUGUACUUCAACAGGUGGGAGCAGCCUGGCUACGGUGGGUACUCACCAUGCCCCCCUCAAAACAAUCCGCCGCUGCCACAAUGUUUCAACAUGUUCACUGGACCCUGCAACCCUGUGUAUGCACCGGCGGCCCCAGCCCCUAACAUAAGUGGCUACGGCAAUUAUCAAUCCCUGUGGCAGCAGACACUACUGCCGGAGCAGCAGACAGCACCUAGCAGGCCAUUUGGACCUCAUGUGGCACCCCAUCCAUACUUCAACAACUGGUGGGGAGCCAGCCUCCAUGGGAAUUCACAGCAACACCCUGCAGGUAUAUCAUAUUCCUAUGGUGCGCACUCAGGCAGUGGCAACCAAGGAUUCGGUUACCAACCGAUUUACCAGGAUUACCAAUGUUAA